AUGCCUUUUUUUCUGAAUCUGAAUCUGUCUCCGUCCCCCAGAGAGUCGGAGUGCAGCCGGUUCCAGGAGGCUGUGAAGACUCUGUCCUGCAGGGCCGACCCGCUGGUUCUGAUCGGGGAGACGCUGAGGAGGAGGAUGGAGGAAGAGGAGGAGGGGGGGCCCAGAUCCAGAACAAUAAACGAACCUUCAGGUCCCAUCGUCCCCCCUUCCUUUGGUUCUGGUCCCGCCCUGGUCCGGGGAGUAAAUGUAAAAAGAGACAAAGGAGUGUCUAAGUUUCACAUUUACAAGAUCCUGCAGCGAAAACGUUGUAAAUUCCUCUUUCUGGGCGUCGCAGGUUCGUGCAGCGCUGAUAUCAAGGAAAACCAGAACCAGAACCUGGACAACCUCCUGUACAAAGCCGGGGUUGUGGCCGGGGCCGGGGCCGGCCAACCCCCCGGGACCGGCCAACCCCCCGGGGCCGGCCAACCCCCCGGGAGGAAACGCCCCCUGGAGGACGGCGCUAACGGCCGCACGCCCUCCCGGUACAAACCCAAGAGGCGUAAGACGGCGGCCGGGCCGGUCCCGCCCAAGAACGCCCUGGUGCGGCUGAACGAGGUCCGGCCCGGCCUGCAGUACCGGCUGCUGUCCCAGACCGGGCCGGUCCACGCGCCCGUCUUCGUCAUGGCCGCCGAGGUCAACGGGCAAGUCUUCCAGGGCUCCGGGCCCACCAAGAAGAAGGCCAAGCUGAUCGCAGCGGAGAAAGCUCUGCAGUCCUUCGUCCAGAUCCCUGACACGUCCGAGGCCCACCUGGCCCGGAUCAUGGCGGCCCACACGGACUUCACCUCGGACCAGGCCGACUUCCCCAACGAGCUCUUCAAUGCCUUCGAGAGAUCCACCCCUUUGGACGACCCGUUGGGUCCAUUGGCGUCAAUUCACACCGGUUCCUCCCCGUCGUUGGGAUCAGAGUACCAGUUCCUCCUCUCCUCCGGUCCCGGACGAGCCCCCAAAAACCCCAUCAUGAUCCUCAACGAGAUGCGUCCCGGCCUCAGGUACGAGUUCGUGUCGGAGAGCGGCGAGAGCCACGCCAAGAGCUUCACGGUGUCCCUGGCGGUGGAGGCCCGCCGGUUCCAGGGUUCUGGCCGGAACAAGCGGCUGGCCAAGGCCCGGGCCGCCCAGGCCGCGCUGGCCGCCCUCUUCGGCCUGGGGCUGGACCGGCCGCCGUCGCAGCAGCCCAUACCCGGGGAGGGACGGCAGCUGCACCCGCCGCAGGUCUUGGCCGACGCUGUCUCUCGUCUGGUCAUCGAUAAAUUCGGCGAACUGACGGAUAACUUCACAUCCCCGCACGCUCGACGGAAGGUUCUGGCGGGCGUCGUCAUGACAACAGGUUCAGACCUGCGGACGGCCCAGGUCGUCUGCGUUGCCACGGGGACCAAGUGCAUCAGCGGCGAGCACGUUAGCGGCCGCGGCAUCAGCGGCGAGCUCGUUAGCGACCGCGGCCUGGCGCUGCACGACGGCCACGCCGAGGUGGUGGCGCGGCGCUGCCUGGUCCGGUUCCUGUACUCACAGCUGGAGAACGUCCUCAGAAUAAUGCCUAGGUACUUGACUUCGCUCCCCCCCGCCCUGCGAGCCCCGGCACCACGGCUGCCCCCCACAUACCGCCAAGCCAAGCAGGCGGCGCUGGACUACCAGGCCGCCAAGCAGACCCUGUACCGGGCCUUCCACCGGGCUGGGCUUGGGAUCUGGAACCAGAAACCCGGGGACCAGGACCGGUUCACCGGGGAGUCCUGA